AUGUCACUCCAUUCUUGCCUUCUUCUUUUCCUUCUAUGCCUUUCUUUGCACGCAUGUAAUGCCCGGCAUUUUCGUGCAGUUGACAACAAUCUGGAAAAGAAAAUUACCCACUUUUCCAACGAGAAUGAUGAGAAGAUGGGUUUUGAAUAUGAGAUUUCAGCUCUAUCAAAUGUGAAGUCUUCCCCGGCAAAACAACAUGGAGAGGCAAAAAGAGGUAGCAUAGCUGUAAACCCCUCAAAUGACAGUACUACUGACCAAAAGCGAAAAGAGACAACUACAAACCAGAAAGUUCCUAGAGUGGAAGGAAAAACUCCAGUUUCUGUUCAAACUGAGUCUCUUGCAUCGGUUUCUUGGCGUGUGCCUCACAAGAAACCCAGUGAAAAAAAUCCCGGGUUCAACUUGGACUAUUCACCACCAAAGACACACCCUCCUUCUCACAACUGA